UGUUAGCAGCGGAACAGGAGCAAAAGGAGAGCGGGCUGUGUGCUGAGGCUGUGCCCCCGCCGCCCCCGGGAGGAUGGCAGAGAGUGAGGCAGAAACCCCCGGUACCCCGGGAGAGUUCGACAGCAAAUACUUCGAGUACAAUGGAGUGCGGCUGCCUCCCUUCUGCAGGGGGAAGAUGGAGGAGAUCGCCAACUUCCCGGUCAGGGAGAGCGACAUCUGGAUCGUCACCUACCCCAAAUCCGGAACAAGUCUGCUUCAGGAGCUGGUGUAUCUGGUGAGCCAGGAUGCUGACCCAGAUGAGAUUGGAAUAAUGAAUAUUGAUGAGCAAGUGCCGGUGCUGGAGUACCCUCAGCCUGGCCUUGAUAUCAUUAAGGAACUGACAUCCCCUCGUUUCAUUAAAAGUCACCUGCCAUAUCGUUUCCUGCCUGUAGACCUGCACAAUGGACAGUCUAAGGUUAUUUGCAUGGCCAGAAAUCCUAAAGACUUGGUGGUGUCUUACUACCAGUUUCAUCGUUCUUUACGAACAAUGAGCUACAGAGGAACCUUCCAGGAAUUCUGUCGGCGGUUUAUGAACGAUAAGUUGGGUUAUGGUUCAUGGUUUGAACAUGUUCAAGAAUUCUGGGAGCAUCGUAUGGAUUCCAAUGUACUCUUCCUAUUAUAUGAAGAUCUACUUAAGAACCUUGCAGGUACCGUAGAGCUCUUAGUGCGGUUCCUAGGUGUGUCAUAUGACAGGACUCAAAUAGAAUCUAUAAUUGAACACUGCCAUCAGCUCGUGGACCAAUACUGUAAUGCAGAAGCACUUCCCAUUGGAAGAGGGCGGGUUGGCCUGUGGAAGGACAUCUUUACUGUAUCAAUGAAUGAGAAAUUUGAUGCUGUUUUCAAACAGAAGAUGGGAAAAUCUGACCUCAGCUUUGACUUCAGCCUUUAAGAGAUCAACAUGCAUGCUUGCCAGUAUUCUCAACUCUAGCUAGAAGUGCUUCUUCUCAUUUGUCCAUCAAUUACUGGUUAAUCUUUGCUGUUAUGUGUAUUAUGGCAGCUCUUUAGUGAUGGGUAUUGGGUAUUCUGUAUCUAUAAUAGCAGUUUCCUCAACUUUGCCAACUAUAACUAGUAGGCUGCCUCUUAGUGGAAUUGCAAGGUAUAUAAUCUAAGAAAGCCACUUAAAUGUAAACUGUGGUAGCUUUAAGGGUGAGGACAAUUAUUGUGAACUACAAAAUGAAAAUGAGAACUAUUUGAAAAUAUGCAUACAUGAAUACACGCAUGCAAAAGAAACCAAAAUUAUAAAUAAGGGAAAUUAGUGCUGCAAAAUAUGUUGUUUUGUUUUUCUCUAAAUUCCUGGCUGAUUGGGUAUUCUGGAUAGGAACAAGCCCCAAAGUUCUGUCUAGAUAAAAACGAAACCGUUUUGACAUUUUUUCAGAAAUUGCUGGAUCUGAUACAUUUGGAUUGCAGAAGUGAUGGUAUAGUGAAUUGAGGCAAAUAUUUUGUCAGCCUUAACAAAGGAAAAACAUGAAGAUUAAGGCUGUGCUCUAAAUUAUUACUAAAGAACCACUGUGGGGAAAAUGCUCAAUGAGCUAAGCAAUCCUCUGUUGACACUUGCUAACCUUGGGUUUAACAAAGCCCAAGUUCUGGUUGGUCUGUUCAGUGAGGUACCAAAAUGUAAUCCAUCGAAUGUUGAUGUGACUGUUGAGUGCAGCUAGACAAACAAGUUGCUGAAUUAAGAUCCAAUUGCAUUCCACAAACCCUCAGCAACUGCCCAAGAAAUGAAAAAUCAAGGAAUUUAGACCCAUUGUCCACUCCCUGCACCAUGGACGGUUUGGCUGUUUGGUAUUCAUUCUUUUGAAAAUUGCAGUAACGUUUUUUGCACCAGAACAAAAUACAGUUAGAUUAUUUUCUAUUGUUUGAGAAUAUUUCAAGAAAUCAUUUUCCAUUCGUUACAUAGUGUAUUUCAUGAAAUAGGCAGUUGGCACAUCAUUUUUUCAGAUAUUACACGUUGCCUGCCUAUUGAAAGCAUUCUCUUGAAGAAGGAAGACAUUGUUGACAAAAUUCAUCUUUGCCUCCAAUAUGUCCAAUUCAACCUUCAGCCAGUGGAGGAAAAGAGUAUACGAGGACCAGGAUCUCAAACCAAAGACUGAAGUCAUUCGUUUGGACAACAUGCAGCAAGCACCUCAGACCACUGGAGAAGUACCAGCAAAAUCCUUGUCUUCUCAAGAUUCUCUAAAUCCAGUGGUAGGAAAAGCAUACUAACAGCAGCAACUUCUUACUAAGCCAACUGCCCAACAUUAAGACUCUGUUCACCCAAAACUAGUUCCCCUAUCAUUUGUGUGCCUGACACCAGACUCCUGAAACAAUUGCUCUUGCUUCACUCAGUUGCAGCAGGAGACUCCCAAGAAGACAGUGGAGAUCCUUUAGGGAUGUCCUUGAAGCAUAUUUAAAAUAGAUCAAAACAAAACUUAUGAGAACAGGUGGCUUGUGACCAAAUAGAAUGGAGAGAGCUCAUUCAGAAAUCAAUGAACACAAACUUCAUUGGAACAUGUAUAAUCAAAAGGCAAGGUGUUGGAGGCAGUUCACAAACCUCCAAAACUCCUACCAAUCCAACCCCUCGAGCACCACCUUCCCCACGUGCGGAAGAGCCUGCAGAUGGUGCAUUAGACUUAUCAGCCAUCACAGAACUCAUUGAACUGGAGUGGAAGGAAAUCAAUCUCAUGGAACUACCUAAAAAGAUUUAACACAAAAAAAGCUAAAUUAAAUUUUACAAAAACAACCAUUGAAAAUGUGACACUUUAGAAAUCUGUUUUUGCGAUUUAGUGAUAAAAAUACUUUCUUAUUGAGAUAUUAAAAUUAACUUUGUUAAUGUGAUCAAGUAUAUAUCAAUGAUUCCCAAACUUUUUCCCACUGUCGCCCUUAUUGUGAAACUUGAAAAUUGUCACGACCACUCUAUGAAGCCGAUGGGGGUGAGGAGAUGUUAUUAGAGGGAACACGGUUAUCACAACUUGGUCAGAGCUUCAUGGUGGCCAAUGCUGCAUCAGAGUUUGCAACCACAAAAUUUCAGCUUGCCACCCCACAUGGGUUCCUGACUCCCACUUUGGGAAGCCAAGUAAUAUAUAUUAUCCAGGCAUUCCAGUUAAAGCAAAGCAAAUCUUUAAAUUUGAGUUGUGCCUUCUUUCCUAAUAAUUUAUAUAACUAUCAAACCUACUGUUUUAAUCCCCAUUUUAAUUCAUUGACUCUACAAACCUACCUGAUAGUCUCUUCCAUGCCCAAGAUUAAGGGACAUGAAUAUGUUGAAUUGGCUCAAAUGUUGACUGCCUUUUUACAGCUAGUUGACAAUGACUUUACUCAUUAUUGACUUCAUAUUGAAAAUAUUCUGUAAUAUCCUGUGAUGUGCUUUUAGCAGUGGAGCUGCAUUCGUGGUGUGGUAGACAGUUUUAAUGAAAUGAGAAAUCCUACUCCAGAUAUCCUGAGGCUGAGUGCUUAUUGCCACAAAUGGUUAAUUAUUGAAUAACAUAUAACAAAACCCAUUCACUGGUUUCCCAAAAGAAACAAUUUUCCAGAAAUAAUAACCUUUUUAAAACUUGAAAUCAGUGACAUGGUCCUUCCGAAAUAUACAAGGGGUUGCAGGACUUGGGUAGGAUUGGUCCUACUUGGAAGCCAGGGGCACAAGUCGCCAGGAGCUCUUAGGAAAUAUUUUUGGAGGCACAGAAUGACUUUGACUUUUUUUUUAAGCAAGUAAUUGCCAAUUAUUUGGAUACAUUUUCAGGAACAGUGUAAUUUUGCAUAAAUGUUAUAAUACUGAUUUACCCUGCCUCCAUCCUUACAUGUUCACAUGCUGUCACUCUUGUGAGCUUGAGUGUAUUCUCUUCUUGGUUUUUCUUUUGUUGCUGAAAGAAGUUUAUGUGAAAGUUUCAACUUAAAUGCAGGGCUGUCACUGUGUUGGAUCUUCUUUACAUUUAUGAUACAGCCGAGUGAUUCUUCAGGAUCCAGGUUAAGCCUGAAGAGGGCUUUGUUUUACUAAUCAAGCUGCUCUGUAUCACCAUUGGCAUUGUUUAAACUGGUUUCAAUUCUAGUAAAUGGGGUAAAAUGAUGUUUGCUAUCUGUGUUAGUCCUGAUAAGAGGUGUUUAAAUCUUGCAUUAUUAUCAUUGAUACUGAGGAUGUAACCUUAGGAGGCUGUAAAAUUUCUGCAAUAUUCUAGUUACUGCUUUUCCCAGAUUGAACCAUCAGUGGAAACACCUGUGUGAAUCACCUGUGCUUGUUUUGAGUCUCAAGUUUUUUUUUGUCACAAACCUCUUUUUUUUUUUUAAACCCGUAUAUAUCCUUGCAAAAUUCUUCAAUAUCAUACGUUAUGGUUUUAACAUCUACUUGUGAACGAAGAACAUGCUCUUUUUUUUUUCCCCUCUAUUACUCUGAUCAAAGUUUACUGAUGUGUCCGGUCCAAUACUGAAAACAGUUAUUCCAGCAAACGCAAUCCAUGUAAAGCAUUCCAGGAAAAGUCAUCAGUUCUUCGUUUUCCAAUGACAUGCAUGAACAAAAUUUGAGUUGACACUCCAGAUGUGAAAAAUUGCAUUGUUGAUGGGUUAACCUUCAGCAGUCUUUUAUCAUUGAACCAAUCAAUUUGUAAGUGCACAUGGUUUCAUUUUCUUCAACUAAUUGUCAUCUCAAAUAUUUUGAGUGUCCUUUUAACCUGCACUGUCAUUUGGUUUUCUCUGCAUAUUCUACUGUUACUUGAGAAUUAGUCUCUUAAUUUUAAGAGUAGAUUCACUUGUUCAGUAAAGGCAAAAGGAACAUUUGACAUUAAUCUGUGCUGAUUUCCAGUUAUUUCCUUUAUAAUAGGAAAAAUUCUAAAACGGGUUUGUGCCAUGUGGAUUCAGAAAAGAGGAUACAUCAAAAAAAUGUUUUAACUCUUUCUUGAAAACUUGAAAGCAUUCAUAAUAUGACAGCAAGUUACCUUGUCAGCAGGGGCUGGUUUGACAAAGGAAACAACAAUUUUGCUUAGAGUGUAGCUGUUUAACCAAUUUUGUGUUCCUGUGCUGGAUCUGAUUCUAUGUAUCAAUGGCUGAUGUACAAUAUCUACUUUACAUUAGCAUUACAAUGAGCUUCCCGAAUAUUUCGAGGCACAGUAGAGAUGAAAGACCACACUUUAGUCCAUUCUUUUUAUUAAACUUGAUUUUGUACUUGAA